GAGUCCUGACGCAAAAAAACCACACGAAAUGGCGUCUCUUGGCCAAAUCACCCUGCCACGCGCGCCGUCGUCGGAGAUUGGCCUCUUACGCUGUCGAUUUGAACGACCGAUCAUCAGAACCCGGAUCGGAUUCAGCGGCCGGAUAGCGAGCGUAUUGACAAACACAGGGGAACAAGCGGUGCCGGUAAAAGCGAGUGUGAGCCAGAAGGUGAUUGAAGAGGAAGCCAAAGUUAUUGUGGGUACCUACGCGCGAGCUCCAGUGGUGCUUUCAAGUGGGAAAGGUUGUAAAUUGUUCGACCCAGAAGGGAAAGAGUAUCUGGAUUGUGCAUCUGGAAUUGCUGUGAAUGCUCUUGGCCAUGGAGAUCCUGAUUGGCUUCGAGCUGUCACUGACCAAGCUGGUGUUCUUGCCCAUGUCAGCAAUGUCUAUUACACGAUCCCUCAGAUAGAGCUCGCAAAACGCUUGGUGGCAAGUUCUUUUGCAGACCGUGUAUUCUUUUGUAACUCUGGAACGGAAGCCAAUGAAGCAGCCAUCAAGUUUUCAAGAAAGUUCCAGAGAUUUACCCAUCCAGAAGACAAAGAAGUCGCGACAAGUUUCAUCGCCUUUACAAACAGCUUCCAUGGAAGAACCUUAGGAGCUCUUGCUUUGACAAGCAAAGAACAAUACAGAACUCCUUUCGAACCCAUCAUGCCAGGUGUAACAUUCUUAGAAUAUGGUAACAUUCAAGCAGCCACAGACCUUAUCCGCUCAGGUAAAAUAGCUGCAGUUUUUGUGGAACCAAUUCAAGGAGAAGGCGGGAUUUACUCUGCUACAAAAGAGUUUCUGCAAUCUCUGCGCUCUGCUUGUGAUGCCGCUGGAUCUCUUCUCGUCUUCGAUGAGGUUCAAUGUGGUUUGGGUCGAACAGGUCUCAUGUGGGCUUAUGAAGCCUUCGGUGUAACUCCUGACAUAAUGACGGUUGCAAAGCCUUUAGCUGGUGGUUUACCUAUUGGAGCGGUGCUCGUGACUGAAAAGGUUGCAGAGACCAUAAAAUACGGAGAUCACGGAAGUACAUUUGCAGGCAACCCUCUUGUGUGCAGUGCAGCCAUUGCAGUUAUUGAUAAAGUAUCGAAGCCCUCUUUCUUGUCCAGUGUCUCAAAUAAAGGUCGAUACUUUAGAGACCUGUUGGUUAAAAAACUUGGAGGAAACUCGCACGUGAAGGAAGUGAGAGGCGAAGGGCUUAUCAUAGGUGUGGAACUCGAUGUGCUGGCAAAUUCACUGGUCGAUGCUUGCCGAGAUUCGGGUCUUCUGAUUUUGACAGCAGGGAAAGGAAAUGUCGUCAGGAUUGUUCCUCCGUUGGUUAUAUCAGAGGAGGAAAUCGAACGUGCGAAACUUGAUGAACUAGUUGUUCAAUCUAAAUCCUUGUAUAAUUUCCAUGGUUGGUUCGAUGAUGUCUCUAUCGCAAUUGUUUCCGUCUUGAGUUACAGUAUGCGGAUUCUGAGCUGUGUGAGUUUCAAUUGGCACAGUGCUCUGAUUCAUCCAAUGCAAACUUGUCUCGGCUUUGGUUUGGAUAGCAAAGGGAAUGAGAAAAUAUGUCUCUUGAGAUUGAUCCGAAGGUUCUCUCAGCAGUCAGCACUCCUCCUUGGCCAAGGAUGCGCUAACAAUCUCAAGACGCUCCUCAAAAACCAUGAAAUAAGCUCUGUUUCAACAGAGCCACUCAUCAACACCAUUCUUGAUUCUUUCUCUCUUGCUUUGUCUUUUAUGGAUUCUCCUCAUCCUCCACCGCACCAUGAGUCUUCUUCUCAAAACAUACCACGUCAAGUAUCUCAAAGAUCAUCAAAGAAAAAGAUUUGUGGACUAGAAUGUGUAGAGCAUUAUACAGAAGAUUCUCCGACUCCGGGCCACAUUGAUGGCUUCGUCUGGAGGAAAUAUGGACAAAAAACCAUCAAAACCUCUCCGCAACAAAGGUGGUACUAUCGAUGUGCCUAUGCCAAAGACCAAAACUGCAACGCUAAAAAGCGAGUACAGAAGAUCCAAGACAAUCCUCCAGUGUACAGAAACACUUAUGUGGGACAACAUGCACGUGAAGCUUCAGCUUAUGCAGUUAACAAUGGUACAUACGGUUUUAAAAUGAUCAAAUUCGACCAUGUUAAGCUUGAAUUGGUUAUGCCUCAACCUUUAUCAAUUGAUCCCCAAGCAAUUACCAUGGAGGAUAAAGACACAGACGACCAUGUUAUGAACUAUAUUAACGAGAUUUUGAUGGAAGAUGAGGCGUGUGAUUUUGACCUAAAGAGUUGUGGAGAAGAAGGUUUAGAGAAUUAUAGAGAUGAUUCCCCAUCUCCGUUCCGUGAAAACUUUGCCUGGAGGAAGUACGGACAAAAAAAGAUCAAAACUUCUUCCUAUCAAAGGUGUUACUAUCGUUGCGCUUAUGCGGAUGACCAAAAUUGUCAUGCUACAAAGCGAGUGCAAAUGAUCAAAGACAAUCCUUCUGUUUAUAGAACCACUUAUGUGGGACAACACAUGUGUGAAGUUGCUGCUUUUUCACGGCCUAAUGAUGAUAACACAUACGGAUCCAAGAUGAUCCAGUUCGAGAAAUUCAAGGAAGCUGUCAUGCCUGAAUCACUUAUGCAUCAACUCGUAUUAGUUGAUCACCAAGAAACGAUCGUAGGCGAAGACACAAACCAUAUAAUGAACCAAGAAUGUGAUGAUAACGAGUUGUUGUUGGAAGAUGACCAAUUCUGGGAGAAUGAGUUUCCUCCCUUUUCUCCUGGACAUAUUAUGUUCUUGGGCGAUAUUGAUGCUUUUGAUAGCAAACCUUGUCAGCUAAUCAAGUGGGAGUUGGACUUGGUCUAGUGACGAAGUUCUAGGAUCCACCAAAAUGGUUGUGUUGUCUUAGAGCCCCCCUAGUUCGUGUCCUACUUGGGAAAAGCAAACCGGCAAAUCCGAUAGAAUGUCUUGGAAAACUUGUCAACUAAAUCAGCUCAUGGUGG